CGACUGUUUUAGAAGAAACUUGUUUCGAACAAAUUGAAGCUCACAAGCAAACAGAACACCAUCGUCCGGAGUGUUUUUAUUUUAUUUAUCUUGCUUCUUUCUUUCCUCCAGCCGUGUUUUAUUUUUCCCCCUUUUACUUUCCUGUCCUGCUCUAUUUAUGAAAACGUCACUUCUAGUCCCUCCCUGUUUGAAUCUCAUUAGUUUCUUGUGUGUUUCUCCCUGUCAAUAAUCCCGAAUCCAGACUCUCUCUAUUUCCAUCCCUCUCUAUCUGUCAAUCAGCGCCGCCUUUGAACUGAAAACCACUCCGACCAACUUCAACUCACUCAAUCCGGGCGGCUCGGCUCCAUCUCCGGCUUCUUUUUCUGCCAAGAGUCCCUUCUUUUUUUCUUCUUCUAGUUUACACAACCCUACAAGCCCUUGGAAAAAGGCUAUUACAGAGCCCAAAGUUUUUUUUGCUUGUUCUUUUUUUUUUAAACUUGUAUUACGGAUACAGGAACACAGAUCAGAACAAGGGUUUCAAAAAGAAAAAAAACAAACUUUGUGUUUCUUCUUCUUCUGCCCCCCAAAAUUGCUCGGAAAAAUGCCGCAGCUGAACGGCGGUGGCGGGGACGAUCUGGGGGCGAAUGAUGAAAUGAUCUCCUUCAAAGACGAAGGGGAGCAAGAGGAAAAAAUUUCGGAGAACUCUUCCGCAGAAAGGGAUUUAGCAGAUGUCAAAUCUUCGCUUGUAAAUGAAUCAGAAACUAAUCAGAAUAGCUCUUCAGAUUCAGAGGCGGAAAGACGGCCUCCGCCUAGAUCAGAAACUUUCAGAGACAAAUCAAGAGAAAGUUUAGAAGAGGCUGCGAAAAGGCAAGAUGGAGGUUUGUUUAAGAGCCCACCAUACCCGGGUUAUCCAUUUAUAAUGAUCCCCGAUCUUACGAGCCCUUACCUUCCUAAUGGAUCACUUUCACCAACUGCACGAACUUACCUCCAGAUGAAAUGGCCCUUACUUGAUGUACAGGCAGGAGGUCUACAAAGUAGGCAAGCACUUAAAGAUGCCAGGUCCCCUUCUCCAGCACAUAUCGUUGGCCCCUUCUGCUUGGAAUUCCCGGGACAGGGAGAUCUGAGUCUUCACCAAUUUCAGUUGUCUAACAAAGUUCCCGUUGUGCAGCACCCUCAUCAUGUUCAUCCUCUUACGCCUCUGAUCACGUACAGCAAUGAACACUUCACACCGGGAAACCCUCCUCCACACUUACAAGCGGAUGUGGAUCCUAAAACAGGCAUUCCCCGUCCUCCUCAUCCUCCUGAUAUCUCUCCAUAUUAUCCAUUGUCUCCAGGAACUGUGGGGCAAAUACCCCAUCCGCUAGGAUGGUUAGUACCACAGCAAGGUCAACCAGUUUAUCCAAUCACAACAGGAGGAUUUAGGCAUCCAUAUCCAACUGCCCUCACGGUCAAUGCUUCCAUGUCAAGUUUUCUCACCUCUAGGUUUCCCCCACACAUGGUCCCGCCACACCAUAGUUUACACACAACGGGGAUUCCUCACCCAGCUAUAGUCACACCCACCGUCAAACAGGAGUCUUCCCAAAGUGACAUUGGGUCCCUCAAUAACUCAAAACACCAGGAUUCUAAAAAGGAAGAAGAGAAGAAGAAGCAACCUCACAUAAAAAAGCCUUUGAAUGCAUUUAUGUUGUAUAUGAAGGAAAUGAGAGCAAAAGUAGUAGCAGAGUGUACGUUGAAGGAAAGUGCAGCUAUCAAUCAGAUCCUUGGCCGGAGGUGGCAUGCAUUGUCUAGAGAAGAACAAGCUAAAUAUUAUGAACUGGCAAGAAAAGAGCGACAACUGCAUAUGCAGCUUUACCCGGGUUGGUCAGCACGUGACAACUAUGUAUUUCAAAAUAAAAAGGGAAAAAAAAAGAAGCGAAAAAGGGAUAAGCAACAGGGAGAGACCAAUGAACACAGAGAAUAUUUUCCAAAUCCUUGCCUUUCACUUCCUCCGAUUACAGAUGCAAAUACUCCAAAGAAGUGCCGUGCAUUGUUCGGACUUGACCAACAGAGUUUAUGGUGCAAACCAUGCAGGAGAAAAAAAAAGUGCAUUCGCUACAUACAAGGUGAAGGUAGCUGCGCCAGCCCACCCUCUUCAGAUGGAAGCUUAUUAGACUCUCCUCCGUGUUCUCCGUCUAUGCUAGCCUCACCCUCAAAAGACUCAAAAUCACAGACUGAACAAAUGCAACCUCUCUCACUGACUAUGAAACCAGACCCUUUGGCACACCUUUCAAUGCCACCCUCAUUAGUACUCCUGGACAGCCCAGCUGGCAAAUGUGGCACACAAAAUGGGACACUGGACCACCCAACCAUCUCAUCACAACAGACUGCAUCCUCCUCUUCACUGGCAAGACCUUCAACAUCUUUGUUGCAUUCCCAUAAUACCAUCACUGGAACUCAACCCCAGCCUCUUUCGCUUGUAACCAAGUCUAUAGAUUAGCUUACAAAUUUAAUGUUCUUUUUGUUAAUUUUAUAUAAAUAUAUAUUUUUUGUUUUUGUGUUAAUUAUGUCUUUUAAAUUAGUACAGUGUUUGUCAAGUUCAUUGGUCAAUAUUUGACCCAUCAUUAUUUCAAUUGUAGAGAAAAAGAAACUUGCAGAUUAUGAGCUUUGUGGUUCUGCCAAUUUUUGUUUUUAAUUAACAGCCUUUUAUGUGUGAAAGAUGGAAAAAAAAUCACAAAAAUAUUAUAUUUCCAAUAGGUGAACUAUUGAAAGACUGAAAUGUAUCUUUUUGAAAAGCUGUUAUAACAUUGCCUCCCCUCUUUUUCAUUUUUUUUUUUUUUUUUUUUUUUUUCUGGAAGGAGUUGGUUCUUCUUCAUUAUUUGUAUUAAAUACGAGCUUGCGAAUCAAUCAUACAUAUUACAUCUGUUAAACUUUGAGAGCACGGUGAAUGCAGUGCCACUUCAACAAUUGUGCGGAACAACUUUUAUUGUGAUGUUACUUGUUAUUGUUUAAAUGUACAGAAAUAUUUGGGGGAGAUACUGUGUUAAUAUGCAUUGUUCCAUGGCGUUGUAUUUGGGGUAUUGGGACUGGACUUAGUGGGUUUGGGGUUGGGAGUGGGAGGCCUGGGGUUUUGACACAAAUCUUUACAACGCUAUAGAACCAGUAGUAUUUAUUGCUUUAGAAAUUGCUUGUUGUAUCAUGUAUGUUGUCCCUUUUUAAAUAUGUUCUUUUUGUUAUUUUGUUUCCUGAAAACAUUGUAUAAAGAUUUUUUUCUUAGCAUAAAGCAACUUAUAUAUGGGUCAUUUGUACAAUAAUUUUAAAUUUUUUUUCCUUACAAAACACGUUCACCGCCAAAUGGACGGAAUACAGUUCUUUUUAAAGGAGAGAUAUGCUCAACGUUAUUCUAUGAAACAAAAAGCCAUUUUACAAAAGGAAACUUGAAUGCGCCAAGGGGGAAAGUGAUUUUAAGAGUAAAAAAUGACUAAUACCCUACUUUUACUCUACAGUUGGGUCUGUAGCAGACUGUAGACUUGCAUAUAAAUUUCUGUGCCAAACUUUUCUUCUCCCUAUGUUAUAGCAGUAAUUUUUUUAAUCAUAUUUUGCUGUGACGUUACAUAGAUUGCUAUGUAUGUAGAAUAAAUGUUGCUAUGACAGAUGUGUUUGGUAGCAGAUUGUCAAAUAAAAAAUAAAGAUAAAAAAGAAAGACAUAUACACCCCCUUCUGGGCCAAAUUAUAAAUAUGAGGGUAUUAAGUAAAUUAAGACAUGAAAUGAAAAAAAAAAAAACUGCCACUAUACAGUACACUACUAAGCAUAGGUAGAGCUAAAAACAGGCAUGUUGAUGUUGCAAAAGGCUGUACAAAGUUACCAGAAAAUCAUCCAUUUGGUGCCAUAGUAGUUGACAUGACGCGACUGUAACCCGUCUCGGUUUUUCUCUGGUUUACUAAGAUGCUAAUGUUGACAUUUUUGUGAAUAGUUUGAAUGUUUCCUAACGGCUGUGAUGUUCCUGUUCUAUUUUAUGCUCUUAUUCUUUUUUUUUUUUUCCAUUUCAAUGGUUUAAAAAACAUUUUUGUAAUGAAUAAAUGUUCAUGCUGUACAGUAUCUGUAGCAUGCAGUUCUGGAUUAAUAAAAGCAAUUUAGUAUGUGCA